AUGCUGCUAAGACCUUGCACGAAGGUACGACUGUUUAGCCAAGCCUCGAGAUGUUUGAACAAGCCCAACUAUUCCAAAACGUUGAACCUCCCCAAAACUGAAUUGAGUCCGAAACUACCCCUCGGCGAAGCCAGAGAAAGACUACUUCAAGCCACAAGUGGAGAUCUAUACCAAUGGCAGCUCAGAAAUCGCAACAACAACCUGACGCAAGGUGAUUUCAUAUUCCACGAUGGCCCACCAUACGCCAACGGAGACCUACACAUGGGCCACGCUUUGAACAAGAUCUGCAAGGACAUCAUCAACAGAUUCCAACUCAUGUACAACGGCAAGCGAGUCAUUUAUCAGCCAGGGUGGGAUUGCCAUGGAUUACCGAUUGAGCUCAAAGUCGAGACCCUGUUAAAGAGCCAAAGCAAACUCGAAAAAAGUCCAGUGGAAAUUAGAAAAGCAUGCAAGGAUUGGGCGUUGCAGCAGAUCAACAACCAGAAAAAUCAGUUUCGCCAAUUUGCAAUCAUGACUGAUUUCGAUACACCCUAUAUCACCAUGGACCACGAAUAUGAGAUUGACCAGCUUCGCGUUUUUGUCAAGUUGGUUGAGCUUGGGCUCUUGUCGCAGCAGUUGAAGCCCGUGUGGUGGGGGUGUGAGACGCAGACUGCGCUAGCUGAGGCCGAGUUGGAAUAUAAUGAUAACCACAAAAGUGUCGCUGUGUUUGUCAAGUUCCCCCUCGUCAGCGAUGCGUUCAAAAAUAGGUACGCGCUGGAGAUUGGCAAGAGGAAAUUGCAGUUGUUGAUCUGGACUUCGACUCCCUGGACGAUCCCUGCCAACAAAGCCAUUUGCGUGAAUAAGGACUUGAAAUACACUUUUAUCCACAAUGAGCACGAGCUGUUGAUGGUGGAGACGCACUUGGCCGAUGGUGUUGUAAAACUAGCAACUGGGGAGCAGCAGCAGCAGCUGCAAUAUGUCAAGUCGAAUCUUGAGUUCUUGGGGUCCGAGUUGAUAGAUGAGCAAUAUGUCAACCCUGCAAAUGCAGACAAUGUCAAACAUCCCGUUUUGCACGGCGACCACGUUGUAAGCACCGCUGGUACCGGUCUAGUGCACAAUGCGCCAGCACAUGGCCGCGAUGACUAUCUUGUUGCCAAAGAAAAUAACAUCCCCUUGCAGGAGUCAUUCAUAGACAACCAGGGAAGAUAUGUCGAAGGAAGUGCUCUUCCGCCAGGGUUUGCCAAACUAGCAGGGGAAAAAGUCAAUGAAAUAAAAACAAACAUGCAUUGUGUCGACGUGAUGAAACUGCAUGAUAUGAUCUACCACCUAAAUAAGAGUUUCAAACAUUCAUACCCUUACGAUUGGAGAUCGCAAACACCAGUUAUCCAAAGAGCCACGCCUCAGUGGUUCGUUAAUGUCGAAAAAAUCAAACCUUUUGCGUUGGAAGCGUUGGAAAAUGUGAAAUUUAUGCCUAGCGGCGGAUCAAACCGGUUGAAAUCAUUCAUUGAUAAUAGGAGUGAAUGGUGCAUAUCGCGACAAAGAUGCUGGGGAGUGCCGUUGCCCGUGAUUUACAAUCGCCAAACGAACGAACCGGUGAUGGACCGCAAUGUGCUUGAACAUAUCGUCACCAAGAUUGAAGAGUUUGGCACUGACGAGUGGUUUGUGGCCGAAGAUGACAUCAGUCGGUGGAUCCCGCAGGAGCUCGACGGCGAGCAAUUUUACAAGGGACAAGAUACCAUGGACGUCUGGUUUGACUCGGGAACCUCGUGGACGACGUUGAAGGACAACAUUGCAGAAUGCAACCGCACUCAACAGCCUUUAGCGGACGUCUACCUUGAAGGGAGCGAUCAGCAUCGCGGGUGGUUCCAGUCCUCGUUGUUGAAUAAAGUUAUUUAUUCGGGGGAAGAGGUUGAAGGUGGUCGCCACGUUUUCAAAGCACAGGCUCCUUUCAAGACCGUCAUCACCCAUGGAUUCAUCACUGAUGGCAAGGGACAGAAAAUGUCGAAAUCUAGAGGCAAUGUUUUCACUCCGCAACAAGCAAUGGAAGGUAUCAGGAAACCGCUCACCCCUUAUUUGGGCACCGAUGGGUUGAGGUUGUGGGUUGCAUCGUCUAACUACAAACAAGACGUGAGCUUCAACCCCGAGGUGCUUACUCGUGUCUCUGAAAUGGGCAAGAAAUACCGUCUUACUUUUAAAUACAUCUUGGGCAAUUUGCAUGGGUUUGAUGAACUUGACAAGGUGCCAUACGAUGAGCUUUCUGCAUUGGACAAGUACGUCUUGCACACGUUGUAUACGUUGCAGCAAACAUGCGCUGAGAACUAUGCCGAGUACAAUUUCUCAAGAGUUGUUAGUUCAGUCAACACUCAUGUCAAUUCAGUUUUGAGUGCUUUUUACUUUGAUGUGUGCAAGGACUGUCUUUACACGGACAGCACCACUUCCCGCAGGCGUCGAGCCAUCCAGACUGUCCUCAGUGAGAUUUUGAAAUGUUACAUCUUUGCAUUGGCCCCCAUUCAACCGUUGCUAGUGCAAGAAGUAUGGUCGCAUUUCCGUGAAAACUCAUCACCAUUUACUGAACCAGCAGCAAGUUUCAAAAUGCCCGAUCUGUAUGCAAAUCAGCAUGUAAACGCUCAAUUUGAAAAAUUUUCCCAGUUGAGAGAUUUGGUGUUUAAGGAGAUGGAAAUUUUAAAAGAGAAAGGCGUAUUCAAAAACAAAUUGAGUCUAGAAGUGCAAUUGCGCGUUGAGGACCAAGACACGUCCGAGCUAUAUCAGUUCAUCAAGCAAAAUGAGUCCUAUCUCGACGAUCUUUUCCUCGUUUCCCAGGCUUCAUUGAGUGACAAAACUUUGGAAUCUGACAUUCCCUUAGAUGUAGGAGGAGAAAAAAUCCACUUGUCAAUCUCCCCCUCGCGUAACCACAAGUGUCCUCGAUGCUGGAAGUUUAUCGCGGAGGAAGAAGACGCAUUGUGUAAGAAAUGCGAUGAUGUUGUACAUAAAACAGUAGAUUGUAAAUAG